UUCCCUCCUCGUAGCUGCGUUGCGACAGAGACGGAGAAUUCUAACGACAUGAAUGUAGAAAAUAAUCAUACGGCAGAAACAGAGAGUGAGCAAACGACCAACGGCAGCGAGACAAUCACCAUCCAGACAACACUGGGAGAUGAAGAUGAAGAUGUGCACAAGUGCGGACGCUGUCAGUCCGAGUUUUCCACGCUGGAGGCUUUCAUCCAGCACAAGCUGCAACACAACUGCAAACGUGUGGAGGAGGCACGAGAGGCGGACAGCCAGGAGGCCGAACAGGAGGUUACUGCAGCCAAUGGACGUCUUUCUUCAGAGGUGAAAACAGCUGACGGUGCAUCUUCGGAUGAACUCUUGAAGACUACUCAUGACCCGUUGGGUCGAGGUUGCAGGAAGAAAACUGUUUCACUCAAAGCCACCGACCACUCGGACGGGACUGAAGGAUCCUUAUCUGACAAUGCUGACGGUGACAACAAGCCUGUUUACAAAGUCACCCAAGAGGGACGCUACAUUUGCCAACUUUGUGACAAGUCAUUUAAAACAACCAACAUCUUGAGAACUCACAUGAAAACUCACAGUGACCAAAAGAACUUCUCAUGUGACUUAUGUGGGACCUCCUUUCGCACUAAAGGCUCCCUGAUUCGUCACAACCGUCGUCACACUGAUGAGCGGCCGUAUCGCUGCACUCUAUGUGGCCAGUCCUUCAGAGAGUCAGGGGCCCUCACCAGACACCUCAAGGCCCUCACACCAUGUACAGAAAAGAUCCGCUUUGUUCAGUACAAGGAGAUCUUGGUCAGCAAAGAUGGAAUGCAAAAAGGGAGGGGACAUGAAUUGCUUUCCUGUUACAAUCAUUAUUUGCACUCAAAUGUUUAUGUGUCUGAUGCCUUAUUGUCUGUGUUUCGUCAGCAGGAAGCAGGUGAUGGACUUGAUCAAACGUUUAAAUUGUACACAUGUCCACACUGUAAUCGCUCCUUCAAGGGACUGAAUUACUUCCGCUUUCAUGUCAAGGGCCACUUGGGUUACAAGCCCUUUAAGUGCACACUUUGCCAUAAGGAGUUUCUGACUGGUUACCUGCUGAAGAAGCACAUGGAAAUCCAUCUCAGUGAGAGGAGGUACAAGUGUGGCGAGUGUGGCAAGCUGUACAAAACCAUCGGGCAUGUACGAGAGCACAUGAGGGCGCACUCGGAUGAGAGACCUUACCGCUGUGCCAGAUGCAGCAAGGGAUAUAAGACUAAGAAUGCCUUGCAGGUGCAUCAGCGGACCCACGAUGACGAUAAACCGUACGUGUGUCAGUUCUGCUUGAGAGGCUUCAGGGAGAAAGGUUCUCUGGUGCGACACAUCCGCCAUCACACCGGGGAGAAGCCUUUCAAGUGCCCGAAGUGUGGGCGCGGCUUUGCUGAGCACGGGACUCUCAAUCGGCAUAUGCGUGCGAAAGGAGGUUGCCAGAAGGAUGAUUCCAGCGAGCAUCCGGAUGUGAUAACAGAGGAGAAGGCGUCAGUGGACGGCCUCGCUACAGCAGCCAUGAUCUCAGAGGAUCCUCAUGCCGUCCUGGUGGAGUUCUCCUCGGUGGUGGCAGACACACAGGAGUACAUCAUCAAGACUCAAACGGAGGAGGAGGUGCAGGAAGAAGCGGUUACAUUCAUUCAAGACAGCCAAAAUGAGAUGGGAAACCAGAUCAUGAAAGUGGUGCAGCAAAUUGUCAGCCAGUCACACGGCGGCGGCGGCACGGGCAGCCACCAGAUCAUCGUGCGCAACAUGGCGAUGAACGAGGACAGCGCAUCCAUCUCGGACUGCGGCGACACGAUCACCAUCGCUACACCCGAGAGCCUGACGGAGCAGGUGGCCUUGACGCUGGCCUCCGCCAUCAGUGACGGCACGCUACUGGCCACGGCGGGCACCGUGGAGAUGGCGGGCGGAACAGUUACGAUGGUUACCACAGAGGAAGCGGUGGAGGAGGAGGUGGAGGUGGAGGAGGGAAUACAGAUGGUGCAGCAAGAGGAAUAUGUCAUCACCUCCCCAGAGGAGGUGGAGAUUCAGACUGUCAUUGUAUGAUGGAAGAGGAUGCUGACUAUGGACUGAUGAAUUUUUGCCAGACUGAACUUUGUGUAGCUGAUUACUGUAGAGUUUAUAUGAGCAUCGUCUGAGAUUUGAUUACAAAACAAAGGCCAAAGUGUUUAAAAGGUUUAUAGUUCCACAAAUAGACGUGUCUGUGUGGAGCGUAACGAGUGAGUGUGCAUGAGGACUACAUCUAUCAUGAAUCUUCUGUUGAUUGAUUUACUAAAAUGAAGCACUGCAUUCAGUAUUCCUGCUAAUUUCAGAAUAUUUAGGUGCAUACAGCUUUAAGAUAGGGUCGGUAAUCUUGAUAAACUAGUAUUAUAGUUUUUAUAAACUAAAACCCAGCCCAGUAUUUCCAACUCUUUUUCCAAUGUAGCCUUAAAAGUCCCUGAAUCUGGGGAGAAAGUCACCAAGUCUGCAACACUGACCCUUUAGGCCUCCCAACAUGAUCACUACGGACAUAAACGACGAACAUGGCCGUCGUUAGCACCCACAGUUGUUAAGCUAGCAGUUUGAGGAAGACUGGUAUGCAAUGAGUGCACGCUGGCAGGCUGGCAGGCCAUCCAAUCAGUUCAUUCAGGCCGAAUGAAUAAAACGAUUGGAUGGGCUUAUUAUCAUGCGUCUUUUAUUUUUCCGUCAGAGCAUUUGAUUUAUUGAUUGAUGACGGGAUGUAAAAAGAAUUUCAACCAAUAUAACAAAAACAGAUUACCAAGUGUAACUUUAAACUAGUCUGACCCCGUGCAUCUUUCCUUAAGGUGGUACAGACUGAACGUAUAUCUGUUGUUGUAGGUCUCGGUUCUUUGCUGCAGUCAAAAGUGAAAUUCCUUCUUACUCUUUUUUUUUUUUUUUUUUUUAAAUUUUUUUUUACUACCUAAAACGGCAUCAUUCCAUCGCAGUUUCCACCUCUACAGUAAAGUUUUGGAAGUCUUUUGUUUCCCUUUUUAAAGACCGUGCGUUCGUGCCUGCCUGUUUAAGGCCAUUCAAGGAGAGUAUAGACUUCCCGUGGUACAGUGCUUAAUCAUAAUGCUUAUUUAAGCACGACGGAUACACCAGACAUUAAGAUGUGAUCAGUUUACUGAAGCAGAGUUUACAUCAAAUAAAUGCUAUUUUGUGAUACACUUUGCUUCCGUUUAUCUAUUUUCUGUGAUCAUAUUUACAUACAUUUCUUUUGUUUAAGUUAUUUUAAUAAUGAGUAGAAACAACCACACAGAGCUUAACAUUUGUCUUGGUAAACCCCAAAUGUAUACAUUUUAGAUGGUAACAAGCCACUGUAGCUCUUACCUUUACAGAAAGAGUUGAGAGUGGCUUGUUUAUAUCUGGUUAUUUCCCGUCUACUCAUUCAUAGUUGUGCUUCCCCAAAGUCUCCCUAACUUUAGUGAAAAACACCUGAACAUCAGCCCAUUUCCU